AGGGUGGGGGCGAGCGGCAGGCAUUGGCGAGCCCCGCAGGGGCCACGUUUGGCUGGGCCCCGGCCCGCGCUCCGCCGGCGCGAUUCUCUCUCGCUCCGGGAGUUGGUGCAGUGGCUGGGUUUCGCCACCUUUGAGAUCUUCGUGCACCUGCUGGCUCUGUUGGUGUUCUCUGUCCUGCUGGCACUGCGUGUGGAUGGCCUGGCCCUGGGCCUUUCCUGGUGGACCGUGUUCAUGCCCUUCUUCGCCGCUGAUGGGCUCAGCACCUACAUCACCACCAUCGUGUCUGUGCGCCUCUUUCGGGACGGAGAGAAGAGGUUGGCGGUCCUCCGCCUCUUCUGGGUCCUCACGGUCCUGAGCCUCAAGUUCGUCUUCGAGAUGCUGUUGUGCCAGAAGCUGGCGGAGCAGGCUCGGGAGCUCUGGUUCGGCCCGAUCACGUCUCCGGUCUUCAUUCGCCUGCAGCUGCUCCUGAUCCGCACCUGCCGAGUUAACUAG